AUGGACCGCGCGACGUUCCGCGAGGAUGAGUUACAUGGGCUCCUCCGACUCCAUGUGGCGGCCAUGCAGCUGAACGUGCAGGUAGAGCGCGCCGUAGAAGCGCUGGCAAACCUGGACCCCAAACACACUCAUUCAUCGUAA